CUCUAUACUAAAGCUCGAUGAGAAUGAACUAGAAGUGGGUUAUGUUCUGACUGAUGCAUCUAUUCUACUACUUAAAGACAACCCCUUAAGUAUGGCACCUUUCUUGCAUGCCAUGCUUGAUCCAACUUUGACAAAGCCAUGGCAUCAGUUGCCUACAUGGUUCAAAAAUGAUGACCCUUCACCAUUUCACACAGAACAUGGGAUGAAAAUUUGGGACUAUGCUGGCCGUGAGCCAAAACUUAAUCACCUUUUUAAUGAUGCUAUGGCAAGUGACACUGAAUUGGUUGCCAAGGUGGUGACUGAGAAAUGCAAGGGAGUGUUCAAAGGACUGGAGUCACUUGUAGAUGUUGGGGGAGGCACAGGUACUAUGGCAAAGGCAAUUGCACAAACAUUCCCACAGCUAGAGUGCACUGUGUUUGAUCUGCCACAUGUUGUUGCCAAUUUACAAGGGACUGAGAACUUAAAAUUUGUUGGUGGAGACAUGUUCGAGUCAAUUCCUCCUGCUGAUGCCAUUCUCUUGAAGGUAAAAUACUGCCCCUCUAAUAUAAGUUUAAAUGUGUUCUAUUUGCUUGAAAAUAAGUUAAUUCUAGUUUUACUACUUAAAAAAUGUUUU